CAAAGCGGAGGAGACAAAGUUCACGGAGAGGAGCUUAUAAGGAGGACCCGCUUUUUGGGAGACUCUCACGUCUCUGUCUUGACAUCGGAGGACAAAGAGGGACUUUUUCUUUUUUUUUUUUCCAAUAAGAAAUAUCUAGCAAAGAAGACCAAAAAAAAAAAACAUUUAGAAAUUUCAAAGAGGCAGCAGAAUGGCUCAGAAGGAAAAGCUCCAAUGCCUGAAGGACUUCCACAAAGACACGCUCAAGCCGUCUCCUGGCAAGAGUCCCGGAACGCGGCCCGAAGACGAGGCCGAGGGCAAACACCCCCAGCGAGAGAAGUGGGCCAGCAAGCUGGACUUUGUUUUGUCGGUGGCUGGAGGAUUUGUCGGUUUAGGCAACGUCUGGCGCUUCCCAUACCUCUGCUACAAGAACGGCGGAGGCGCUUUCCUCAUCCCCUACUUCAUCUUCCUGUUUGGUGGAGGCCUGCCGGUCUUCUUCUUAGAGGUGGCGCUGGGCCAGUUCACCUCCGAGGGCGGCAUCACCUGCUGGGGGAAGCUGUGCCCCAUCUUCACGGGAAUCGGCUACGCCUCCAUCGUCAUCGUGUCCCUGCUGAACAUCUACUACAUUGUCAUCCUGGCUUGGGGACUCUACUACCUAUUCCAGUGUUUCCAGCCCGAGCUGCCGUGGGCCAAGUGCAACCAGCCCUGGAACACGGAACGCUGCAUCGAGGACACCUACCGCAAGAACAAAAGCCUCUGGCUGCCUUCCAACUUCACCAACUUCACCUCCCCCGUCACCGAGUUCUGGGAACGCAAAGUUUUGGGCAUCAGCAGUGGCAUUGAGGACAUGGGCCCCAUCAAGUGGGACCUGGCUCUGUGUCUCCUGCUGGUCUGGGUCAUCUGCUUCUUCUGCAUCUGGAAGGGCGUCAAGUCCACCGGGAAGGUGGUGUACAUUACGGCCACCUUCCCGUUCAUCAUGCUCAUUGUUUUGUUGAUUCGUGGCGUCACCUUGCCCGGGGCCACUGAGGGCAUCAAGUUCUACCUGUACCCCGACCUCACCCGGCUCAAGGACCCCGAGGUGUGGAUCGACGCCGGCACCCAGAUCUUUUUCUCCUACGCUAUCUGUUUGGGCGCCAUGACGUCCCUUGGCAGUUACAACAAGUACAAAUACAACUGCUACAGGGACUGUUUGCUGCUGGGAGCCCUCAACAGUGGUACCAGUUUUGUGUCUGGCUUUGCAAUAUUUUCCGUCCUGGGCUUUAUGGCACAAGAGCAAGGUGUGGACAUUACGGACGUGGCAGAGUCAGGUCCCGGCUUGGCCUUCAUUGCCUACCCCAAAGCCGUAACCAUGAUGCCUUUCCCCACACUCUGGGCCAUCCUCUUCUUCAUCAUGCUCCUGCUGCUUGGCCUCGACAGUCAGUUUGUGGAGGUGGAAGGGCAGAUCACAUCACUGGUGGAUCUGUAUCCGUCCUUCCUACGGAAGGGUUACCGCAGAGAGGUCUUCAUCGCUAUCAUGUGCUGCAUCAGCUACCUGCUGGCACUCACCAUGGUCACCAAGGGUGGCAUGUACGUGUUCCAGCUGUUUGACUACUAUGCAGCCAGCGGCGUGUGCCUUCUGUGGGUGGCAUUCUUUGAAUGUGUCGCUGUCGCCUGGGUUUAUGGCGUUGAUAACUUUUACGAUGCUGUGGAGGACAUGAUUGGCUACAGACCCAACCCUUGGAUGAAGUGGAGCUGGUCUGUCAUCACUCCCUGCUUGUGCUUGAGCUGCUUCGUCUUCUCCCUGGUCAAAUACAAGCCGCUGACGUACAACAAAAUGUACGAGUAUCCCGACUGGGCCGUCGGAGUGGGCUGGACCUUGGCCUUGGCCUCCAUGAUUUGCAUCCCCAUGGUGGUGGUCAUCAAGAUCAUACGAUCGGACGGCCCGCUCAUUGAGAGGAUCAAGGCGGUGGCCGCGCCGGUGCGAGGCGGCGCCAGUUCGCGCCCGGCCGACCACCGCGGCCCCCGGGAUCUGGGCUACCACGCCGACCCCAACGGGAACAAGGGACUGCUGAUGAAGGGCCCCAGCCACACCAUCGUAGAAACCAUGAUGUAAAAAAGAAAAGAAGAGCGCGGGAUGGAAAGUUCUCCAUGAGAUCGCUCUCCUCUCCCACCAGCCUCCCAAAUGCUUCUCUCUCUCCUCAAGCUAACGCUAGCUAGCCGCCUUCUGUUUUGUCGUCUGUCUGUCCGCCCGUUUCUCCGUCUGGUGGAAUGAGGGAAAAAAAGGAUUUGAAGGAAGAAAAUUAAAAAGUAGUUGCAAAUAUUUUAGGAACACUUCAUGAAGGAAGUUUCUUCCUCUUCCUCUGGACAAGAAGGCGACAUUGGAGUCUUGGAAUCAAAAGUUCAGAGUUGGACUGAAUCCCAAAAAGAAAGCCGAUUACGGCGGGAAUGUUUACGGCACACAAAAGUGUUUUAAGUGGCAGCAACCAACUACACAAUCAUCCAAAGGUCCAAACCAGGGCUGUCCAAAGUCCAGUUGUACACUUCUGACCAGCAUUGCCGAGAACUUGAACAAAGCACAGACAAAAUUGGAAGAUGAAAAAGUGUCGAGGACUCGUGAGGCCGUUUUUCAGCCCCCUGAAAUCUGGCCUCAUAAGAAUCGGGGCGACGCAGUCCGUCUUCACCUCCCAAAUCCAAUUGAUUGAAAAUGCCAAAACAUGGGAGGACCCGAGCCCUACAAUAUGGCAGCCAUUUGGUUUCCUUGAAGCAGCACUUUUUUUGCACAAUUCCAAUUCCUCACAACUCGCUAUUCGGGCUACGAUAAGUUUUGAAAUUCCAUUCAUGUGUGAAAAUGUCUUGUAAUAAACGUCAGCCAUUUUGAUUAGAAACUGCACUUUUGGGGCCACAAAUUGGUAUGGGGGCCUUGAAUUUGGUCAGAUGGGACCAGUUUGCAGUCGGGAACACCUGAGGCAUGAGGCAUUGUGUCAAAUUUGCUCCAUUUCAAAUAAAGCAAGUUUCCCCGCAACAAAUGUUUGGACAACUCUGGAUCGCCAAAUUGGAGAAUAUCUUUUCUCUGCGCUUGGCGGCCAUUUUUUUUACGUGACAAAUCAAAGCUGUGAAAAGCCAAAAAAAUGUACUUUAGCAAAAAAUGCGCUGAAUGUGUAAGUAUGAAAAGUCCAAAGCGGAAUGCCGGUUGUGAAACGCACCUUAACGCACACGAUGGCCAUAAAAGCCGCCGUACAAUUGUAUUGGGACACAAAGUUUAAUUUGCCAAUUUGGACAAAUGUAUUGAAAAUGUGAGAAUUUUAAUCAUAUUUUAGGACAAAGUGAAAAAAAAAAAACGGUGACGUGGGGUUAGCACAAAAAGUAAUUGGACAAAAAGAGUGAAAAUCUGGACCAUGUCUGAAUUAUAGUGAAAUGCCCUUUGCCCCAUUCACAUUUGCAUAUUUUAAUUAAAUUACUGCUUGAUCGCUGGCAAAAUCCCAAGUGUGACCUCAAAAGGAAUGUUUGGAUUUGGAGUAUGUCUUAUUCCCAUUUGACAUAGGUGCAAUAUUCACCACCACAUCGCCAUCUGCCAGACUUGCUCGAAUUAUGAAACGUCUCAAAACGUUUUUUGGUACCGUACCGUCUUGAAAAUAACGCGCACACAUUGUAAUGUCAAGCUGAUAUCAAGCUAACACCAAGCUAACAUCAUGCUAGCGUCGCUAAACAACAUUCUUGAUAAUGUCACACAUCGACUAUUCAACUCAAAUGUGAUUCACGUCAUUUCGUUCAAUAGUUGACAUUGUGAUGUGCGCUACCCAAAUAGUUCAUGGCUGCUUUUUCCCCUCAAAGGAAUUCACGUCCCUAAAAUAUAUGAUUAUGUUCCUUAGUUGAUAUCAAUGUUUUGAGGUUUUUGUUGCUUUUUUGACUGGUCGGUCAUCAUCAAAAAUGUCCGGAUAUCAUUUCAAUCAACGUUAGCGACACUGAGUGCCACCAACGAGUGUUGCUAACGAGUUUUGCUCACGAGCCUUCCCUUCAAACGUUUGAUUCUACUUUCACAUUGAAGCACAUUGCACUACUUUUCAUCAUCAUCAUCGUCCUCUCAUAUGCUCAGCCCAUUCUGGGUUUCCAUGGCAACAUCCGCCAUGAGAAAGUGACAACCGUUUUCAACCAGCUUUUGUCACCUUCCACCUUUCUGUAAGCUUGAAAAAUAAGUAUCAAUCAGGUUUCAAAAUGUGUACUGUGUUUUUUGUUGUUUCUUGAUUAAAAAACAUCCUGGCAGUU